AUCGUUAUUCAUGAAGCGUGUUCGCGCGACUUUGGUGACCGUUUAAAAUAUGUACCAAGACCAUCAAGUAAACCAGUCUCGUUAGCACGUGAAUCGGAUUAACGGUAACAAAUUCACGAUAAACACACGAAAAAAAAAACUUAUUUUUUAUUAUCAACACAUUAACGUAUCAGUUAUAGCGUAAUAUUUUCAAGUGUAAUGUACUUUUCGGACGAUUAUAAAGAAUUAUCUGGGGCAAGUAUUUUCCCAGUGAUUUGUUAAAAGUCAGUCAUUUUAAUCGCGUACCAUCGAAUACCUAUACACGAGAUUGAUUCAGUUUUCGCGAAUUGAUCGACCGCGACAGUGUGAUCAAAGUGUGGCUGCGAUCGUAGUUUUUUUUCUCGUCGAUGGUAAAUUUACGUUUUUUAUGGCAGUGAUAUGUUUGAAAAAUUGUAAUUCGUUCAGUUUACGAUAAACGGAAUCCUGAGUGUUUGAGAAGUGACGACUGAUGAGCAUGGUGAAUUUUAAUUUCUAUUCGGAUACAAAUUUUACGUGCCUUUUUUUCAAAGGGCCAAGCAAAAAAGUGAUGUCAAAAUGGUUACUAUUAAUGUAUACGGGAUGUUUAGUCAUCAUCGCCGUAAGCACGUCCCCAAUUCUUAACGAAAGUGAAUCCAAACCCACCGAAGAAUUAGCAGCCCGCCAACAAACCAACGAAGUAGCCCCAGCGGCCGCUCCGGCACCUGCGGUCCCAGCCGCACCGGCAGCUCCGGCCAGUCCACCUGCCAGCAGCACCGAUGACGAUGACGACGACGAUGACGACGAUGACGACGAUUUAGAUCUCACCGAUGACGACGAUGACGAUGACGAAGAAGAAGGUGAAGCUGCCAGUGACGAUGACGAAGAUGAAGAUGACGAUUAUGAUUUCGAAAGGAUAUUAGACGACAUCCUCGGAGAUGACGAAGAAGACGACGACGACGAAGAAGAAGAAGAACCAGCCGCCUCAGCUUCUCCUCAAGCAACGGUUGUGGCAUCGACUGCAGCUCCAUUACCACCCCAAGGCUUAGCGGCUGCUCCCGAAGAAGCACUAGAAGCCGAAGAAGGUAACGAACCAGAUGACCAAGUAGCCGAAGAAAACAAUCCACACACGGUGACCUUACUGACCAGCGGCCAACCCGACGAAGUCGACGAGACCCAAGAGCAAAUUCUAAAUACCAAUGACUUAGGUGCAUCGGCUGGUGGUGCUGGUGAAGCCUCCACUACUGCUGCUACGGCCAGUGCGAGCACUGAAGAUGACGAUGAUGAAGAUGACGAAGAGGAUGAGGACGAAGACGAUGUUUUGGGAGAUGACGACGAUGACGAUGAUGACGAAGAAGAGGAUGAUGAAGAAGCUAGGCAAUCGCGUGCUUUACCCGGUGCUCCUGUAACCGUACCAUCCGAUUACAUCAAAAAAUACAACCGAUACAUCGAUUCGAUUUUUGGAAGAAUUAACAAAGUAUUGAAGAAGAACUAUGACCCAGUCAACGUACGUUUACAGACUGCUCCAGAACAUAAGAAAAAACCAGUAGCUGCCAAAACACCAACAGCUGUCAGAAGGAAGCCCACUACGAAACCUUCGACCAGAAUCAACGAAAAUAACACCACGAAAGAUGCUCUGACUAAGCUCUUCGAAUCGUCUGAAGAAGAUGACGAAUACGAUCCAAAACGUUCGGCGAGAAGUCACCGUAGAAGUAGACUAUUGAGGAAAAAAAGUCAACAAACUAAAGCCACGAGUCCAAACAAAGGCCAACCUAAGAAACCAGUUCGAGCUAAAGCCACAUUAUUCGGACUGUCCUCUCUGAGAAGAGAUGGCGAUGUUAUUGUAAAUGUAAUGAAUACUCACACCACUGUCAGAUCCAAGUUUUUAGUAGGCCCAUUAACGUUGAAAGUAGAAAAAGAGUUCGGAAGAGGAGCUAAAAAAGAAUUGAGAAGUGCCACAGCCACUACUGCUGAAAUGUUCGGUAAAUUGAAUUUGAAAGUAGUUCACGGUGGCGAUGCUUCUUUGAAUUCCAUUAAAGUCAUGCAACCAAAACAAAUGAGAAUCCAGACCGCCAACGAUAACGACAAGACGACCGAAUUCUUAUGGAAGAGAUCGGCCAAUUUAGCUCAUCUAGUGUCUCAAAAACUCACAAAUGCUGCCAGAUCUUUACUCGCUGGUGUUAAACCAGUCGAAGUAGCUGCUCAAAAUCAAACUUCUACGCAUUAAGUGAUUUUUUUUUUCAACAGAAAAAUAGUCGUACUAUUUAUUGCGAAAUUAUCGUUCGAGAUGAACGACACGAAACUAUUACGCAAUAAUUACUACAACUAAUUUUCUCAGCAAGCAUUCGUGGUAUUGAUCGGUACAUUUUCCGGUAUUGGAAUAUUGUACGAUCUGUAAACGUUGACUUUCAUAGAUAAGAGAUUUUUUUAAUAAUUAUUUAUUUUUUUGUACAGGUUUUUUUGUAAUGAUGUUAUAUAACUUUUAAGGUUUUUUGUUAUAAUCAACGAUUAAAAAUGCAUUUUAAUUUU